AUGAGUCAACCCAAUACCAAACAAGUCUGUUCCAAAAUUAAUACACCUGUUUCUUGUAAAAUAUUGCGACAAUCUGCAUUUACAACAUCAUUACGCGAUCGUCCUGUUGUGUUCAGUCCUCAGCAUGUUGAUGACUUUACUCGAAAAUAUUCAAUUGGUACAUAUGAAAGAAGACACAUACGAGUUGAUGAAGGCAGUCUACUAAUGACAAAUGAUCCAAACAGUAUUUUUUAUCGACUUUUAAGUGAACAACUACAAAAUACAGGUUCAAUUGAUACUCGUUCAACAUAUGAAAAGGAAAAAUUGAAGUUAUUUGAAAAAUAUGACCCAGAACUUGUUAAAUUUCUUAAAGACAGAGAAGGUAAUUUAAAAUCAAAAUAUGACAAAGUUUUUAUUACUUAA